UUCACUUUUCUUUAUUUAUCUUUUUUUCGUUCAAUCACCUAUAUGAAUCCUAUCGCACAGUACAAUCAAUUUUCUAAAAUCAAACUGAACGUAUCCACAAAUUUUUUUAAUGCUCUCUUCCUUACCGACCAUAUCAGUAUCAUCAUUGACACUCGCGGCGACAGGUGACAGCACCCGCUCGCGCGACCGCGCGUGCCGCGGAGUCGCCGCUUGUCUCGGAGCAGUUCGCCGGCCGCCGGCGCGUUUUAGGUGGGGUGGCGGCGGCGAAUGAGCACUGAGCAGGCGUGCGGCGAGGGAUCGGGAUCGCCGGAUCGCGGUCGCGUCAGUCGGGUGGUAACUGUCGGGCAUGUGCGUGCUCGUCGGUGUUGGCUCGUGAACGCGUGCGCGGGUGGUGGUUGGUCGGUGGUGCUGGUGCACAAAAGGUGGUACUGCUCCUCCUCGUUGUCUCGUCGCCCUCCCCCCGUCUCUGUCACACUCCCUUUCGCACACUCUCUCGCACCCUCGCUGCCCGGAGAAUCCCGGAGAAGCGACACGGAAGGCAGCACGCGAACAUGUGAUUCCGACGGGGGCGGCCAGCGCUUUCCGCGAUAGUUUUCUUUCGUAUUUCACUCGCGCGUGCUCGUGUGCGUCCGUCCGUCCGUCCCUCUACUGCUCUAUCGUUGCGUGCGUGCGUGCGUGUGCGUGUGUGCGUGCGUGCGUGCGUACGGCGUGCGGUGGUGGUUCUUGCCUCGCUCGGGUCGCGCUCGUCCUCGAGAUACGUGGAAUACCCGUCGCUCGCUCGCUCGCUCGCCCUUCCCUCCCCUUCGCUCGCGCGCUGCCGAGGGGUAGCCGUCACCGUCACAGAAGAGGAGGAAAUAAUGCUCUGAGACUCGACGGACACGAGAGAGCCACGCGCGUAUCAUCAUGGUCGCUAAGCACUUCGCCUCGCAGGGCUCGGGCCCUGAAUGCGGCGUGCCGGACAUGACAGUUAUCAGCGACAUCGACGAGAUUGGUAUCAAUCGGAAUCUCCAAGUUCGGUACAGCAGGGAUCAGAUAUACACGUACACGGGAUCCAUCUUGGUGGCUGUGAACCCGUACAAGGAAGUGGACAUCUACACGAAUGAGUACGUGAAUCGAUACCACGGGCAGAAGAUGGGCGCCCUGGAGCCGCACGUGUUCGCCCUGGCGGAAGCGGCAUACAAGUCGCUCCAGGACACCGACAGCAACCAGUCCUGCGUGAUAUCCGGCGAGAGCGGAGCCGGCAAGACCGAGACCACAAAGUUCAUCUUGCAGUACCUGUGCUCGGUCACCAGCAACGUCGAUACCUGGGUGGAGCAGCAGAUCCUGGAGGCCAACACCAUCCUCGAGGCGUUCGGUAACGCGAAGACCGUGCGUAACGACAACAGCUCACGCUUUGGCAAGUUCAUGCAAGUGUGCUUCGACAGCAAGUGGAUGAUCAAGGGAUGCAUCAUACAGGACUAUCUGCUGGAACAGAGUCGCAUCACCUUCCAGAGCCCGGGAGAGCGCAACUAUCACGUGUUCUAUCAGGUAGUCGAGGCCGGCACGAGGGACAAGGAAUUCGCCGAGCAAUAUCAGCUGCGACCGGCUAGUCAUUAUAAAUACCUCUAUAACCAGUCCGGCUGCGUGAAGAUCGACGGAAUUUCCGACUCCAAGAAGCUCGACGCUCUCCGGCUCGCCUUCAAUGUGCUCCAGGUUCCGCCGGAAAUGUGCGAGGGCAUCUUCCGGGUGCUGUCGGCUAUCCUGUGGCUGGGAAACUUGAGCUUCGAGGACGUCGACGGUGAGAGAUGCGAGUUGUCGAAGGAGGACAGGAACAUAGUCGACACGGUGGCGCCGCUGCUGGGUCUCCAGGUGGAGGAUCUCACCCGGGUGGUGCUGAUCCGGCAGAUAAACGUGCGCGGUAACAUCACGGAGAUUCCGCUGAAGGUGCAGGAGGCCCGUGAGAACCGGCACGCGAUGGCGAAGGCGCUCUACUCGCGCACCUUUGCCUGGCUGAUACAUCACAUCAACAACUGCACGAAUCCGGGUCAGGACAGCUCGAGGUUCCUCGGGGUGCUCGACAUCUUUGGUUUCGAGAAUUUCACGCUUAACAGCUUCGAGCAGCUCUGCAUUAAUUACACGAACGAGAAGCUGCACAAGUUCUUCAACCACUACGUCUUUGCGCUGGAGCAGGAAUUAUACCGCCAAGAGGAGAUCCACUACUCGCACAUCACAUUCACCGACAACACCAUGUGCCUGGAACUAAUCGAGAAGCCGCCGCGGUGCGUACUCAAGCUACUGACCGAGCAGUGCCACAUGCCAAAGGGCUCGGACCUGGCCUACUUAACAAACCUGCACGCCGAGUUCGAAAGCCAUUCCUGCUACGUAAAGGGGGAUGAUCGGCGCAAGUGGGAGAAGGAAUUCGGGGUGAAGCACUACGCCGGUUGCGUGACGUACACGGUCGAGGGUUUCGUCGACAAGAAUCGCGACGUGCAGCAGGAUGUGUUCUUCGACUUCAUGUCCAGGAGUACGAACGAGUUCGUGCAGGAGAUCAGUGUCUACCAGGAUCUUCUGGGAUGCACGGUCGCGCGGGCGACCGGCAGCGCGACCACGACGAUGUCGCGGGGAACGUCCAAGGGCAAGCCGACCCUGUGCGACUCGUUCCGCCAUCAGUUGCAGGCACUAGUAGACGUGUUGCAAGGGACCACGCCGUGGUACGCACGCUGCAUCAAGCCGAACAUGGAGAAGAUGGCCAAUCACUAUGAUGAGAAGCUCGUGCUGGAUCAGCUCAAGUACCUCGGUAUGCUGGACAUCAUUCGUAUACGGAAGGAGGGCUUCCCGAUACACAUGUCGUUCCACGACUUCGUCGCGAGGUAUCGUUGCCUCGACAGGAGCCGAUUCUCGCUCUCGAGCAACGAGAAGGAAGCAGCCAAGCGUCUGAUCAGCAGUCAGGGAGUACCGGACUCCGAAUGGCAGAUCGGUCGGACGAAGGUGUUCCUGAGGAGCUACGUACACGAGCCCUUGGAGGACUCCAGGAACAAGGUGGUGACGAGCAAUGCCAUCGUGAUUCAGAAGAUCUGGCGAGGAUACGUCAAACGACGAGAGUACAAGCGCAUAAGGGAGGCGGCGUUGAAGGUGCAGCACGCGUAUCGCGGCUGGAAGCUACGAAUAAUGUUCAUCAGGAAGCGCAGGGCGGCUAUAGUGAUCCAGAGUCACCUACGGGGUGUCUUCGCGAGGGAGGUGGCCGCGGCGUUGCGCGAGAUGAGACGAGUGGACGAAGAGAUGAGAAAGCGGGAGCGAUUAGAGGAGGAGCGAAGGCUGAUGGAGGACCAGAAGGCGUUGGAGGAGAGCCAGAGCGCGCAGUACAACGGUAUUGCCGGGAUGGAAUCCGGGAAAGCACAGGAGGAGAUUGCCGCACUGUCGCAGAUGGCCGAGCAGAUGAACUCGAAGAUGGCCGCGACGGAUCUGCAAUCGGUCGACCUCGACAAUCUGUUCUCGUUCCUGUCGGACGUGCAAUCGACCAAGAGCAAUCAGAUUAUCGACGAGAUUGGCGAACGGAUGGACGAGUUGGUGGAGGACCUGGACGUGGAGCUGGAGACCGUCAUCCAGCAGGAGAUGGAGCUCGCCAAGGCCGAGUCGAAGGUUACCUCUCCAGUCAACGGACAAGAGAUGACAUCUCCGCAGCAGCAACGGAUGCCUUGCACAAACAGCCUGAGCAGCAGCAAGCUCGGUCAACCGAGUCUACCAGAACCCACGGAGCCGCCUCCGCCGCCACCACCCCCCGCACCGCCGUUGGCGAUGAAUGGCGACUCGUCGAGCGACAACGGCGAGCCGAUCUACGAGUCCGUGCUGCCGCGUGAAGAGAACGAUCCGGGUAGUCCGAUCGUUCAUAAUGGUAGCAGCCCAGGUCAGAUGGUGAACGGCGAGACUUGCGGCUCCCCGCCACCCGUACCGGUCAACAAGAUGACCAAGGAGAGCGCCGUCAGCCCGCCCUCCCGACCGGAAUCCAGGAGCUCGAAUCAUCCGCAUCACCAUCAUCACCAGCCGACAUCGCAGGCACAGCAAAACGGUCACGAUCAGGCGCAAGUGCAGCCAGCGCAGACGACGCAGCAGCUGCCGGUCGAGCGCGAGCAGCGGCGCAAGUGCCGCGUGGAGCGAAAACUGCAGGAACUGGAGGACAAGAAGGAACAGGACAGCGAAGCGACUUAUCACGAUAUAGUAGAGUUUGCACAGAACUACUUCAACAGCCACGAGCGAUCGCCGGAGGGCACGAUAAUGGCCACGUUGACGAGAAAGUCGCGCGGCAAGAGCAUCGAGUACAUCCCCAAGUACGAGAUGGUUACCUAUUACAAGGGCUCCAGUAUCCCGAACUCGCACAUCCACAUGUACGAUCCCGAUAACGUGAAUGUCGCGUGCUCCGUAUUUAGAGAUCUAUGCAAGUACAUGCGCGGCGAGAUGAAGCUGGACCAGGAAAUAAUUACAAUUCAGAGCAUCAUCGCUCACGGGAUCGAGCGGGAGGAGCUACGAGACGAGAUCUUUGUGCAGUGCAUUCGCCAGGCGACCAACAAUCCCAAUACCGAAUGGGUGGAACGCGUGUGGCUGCUGUUGUGCCUGGCGAUCGUAGCCUUCCAGCCAAGCAAACUGCUUUACAAGUAUUUCGUCUCCUUCCUGAAGAAGAACCUCGCGCUGGAGGGCAAACUGCGACAGUUCGUGCAGUGGUGCGUGGACAAUUGCAAGAACACCAAAGUAUCAUGCAGACGAUAUUCGCCGUCGACGGUGGAGAUCGCCGCCAUGCGGCGACUCGGCACUAUAGUCUGCCGAUUCUUCUUCCUGGACGGGAGGACCAAGGCGAUCGACGUGCACCCGACCGAUACUGCCGCCGACGCCGUUACCAAGCUCGGAGAAAAGCUGGGUCUUCGCUCGCUCGAGGGUUGGGCCAUUUAUCAGAGCAGACUGGACGGAGAAGAGCACGUGCGGGCUCACGACUAUCUGUAUGAUGUCAUUGCCGCAUGGGAGAUGAAGCAGAUGCAAUGCAAAUUGAACACAACGCAAUCAACGUUUUCGACGUUGCGACGCGGAAACAAUACCACUCUGGGCAGCGGCGACAAUCGCUUUGUUUUCAAGCGUAGGCUGUUCCGUAACCCGAGGGAAAUCUCGCAGGACCCUGUAGAAGUCAACAUGCUGUACGCGCAGGCGGUCUAUAAUGUCGUAAAGUGCGACGACUUUCCGGUGUCUGAAAAAGUAGCGCUACAACUGGCGGGUCUGCAAGCGCAGGUGUCCCUCGGUGAUCCCAAGGAUAACGACAGGCUGGAUUAUUACAGCGAGGUGGAUAGUUUCCUGCCGUACAGAAUCAGUCGGGCCCGUGGCGACGACGUCUGGGUGCCAAUCAUCGCGCAGGCACACCGACAAUACGGCGCCGGGCGCAAAGAGCUGGCGGCCAAAGUUCUGUAUCUGUCCUGCGUGAUGCAAUAUCCUCUCUACGGCACGACGAUGUUCGACGUCACGUAUCGAGGAUACUGGUCGUACGGCAAUCAACUGAUUCUCGGCAUCAAUUGCGACGGUCUGAUGCUGAUCAAACCGGAUGACAAAUUCGUCCUGUCCGAGUACCGCUAUCAGGACGUCGAGAGCAUUAUGCUGGACCCGAGCGACUCGUUCAUCACGCUCUCGCUGCUGCGACACAAUCCCGACAGCUCGCACAAGUGCUUCGUGUUCGAGACGACGCAGAAGAACGAGAUAGGUAGUCUGAUCGUCAGCUACUGCCCGGCGCUAGCGGGUUGGAUCACGGAGAACGAGGUGCCAACGAAGAAACUCAAGUGCAUCACCAACGAGGAUCGCAUCCGGUUGUACCACAACUUGGUCAACUGUCGGCGCACGCUGGUCGACUCGGAGCUUCUCAGGAAACCGCAGGAUUCCGGUGGCGGUUUCCUGCGAAACACGCUCAGGAGGCUGUCUAAGCACCGGAUAGAGAAGCUCAGGCAGGAACACGGCGACCACGGCGAGACCUACAAAGGUUUCCCGUAUGCCUACUGGGCGUUCAGCCGGCAGCAGAUACCUCAGAGCUUGUCGAAACUACCCGAUCCCGACGAGCAGAUGGCCCUGGGCAUCUUCCAGUUGAUCUUGACGUACGCUGGACUCGGGCAGAACGGCGACACGGUGAGCCGAGUCGAGGACGAGCACGUGAACCUCAUUCAGACAGUAAUGGAACGCUGUAUACGGAAGGAGAACCUUCUGGGCGAGCUGUACUUGCAGCUAAUCAAGCAGACGACUGACCAUCCGGAUCCCAACAGCCGCGUGAACCUGCGGCACUGGGCGUUGCUGUCGCUUGCGUGUUCCGUGAUCCUGCCGCCCCAGAAGACCAUACGCAAGUACUUGAUCGCCCAUCUGAAGCGAUGCGCCAGUGACUACGUCACCGAAGAGGGCAAAUACGCGAGAUUCGCCGAGAAGUGCCUUUACAAGACUCAGGGCACCCGGAGGCGACAGUGGCCGCCGAGCCGCGAGGAGAUCAUGUGCACCAUCAAUCGCCGACCGAUCUACGCGAGGUUCCACUUUAUGGACGGCCAGUACCACGCGGUCGAGUUCCAUCCAUCUGCUACGGCCAGAGAUGUCAUGGAGAUCAUUAAGACUAAGAUCGGACUCGAGGAAACAGCCAUGGGCUACGCGAUCUACGAGGUGCUGGGACCGACCGAGCGAUCGCUGAUCCCUGAGGAGAAAAUAGCUGACGUUAUGUCCAAGUGGGAACGUUACAGGACAUCACAGCAGAGUCAGCAAGCGCAGAGGAAACACGCGCACCACUUCUUCCUAUUUAAGAAACAUUUGUUCCUGGACCAAUACAUGAAUCUGGAUGAUCCUGUGGAGAAGGAGUUGUUGUAUCAUCAAGUGCUGCACGAUUUGCGCGCCGAUAGAUUCCCCAUCACCGAGAAGGAAGCUAUGAUGCUGUCGGCUCUGCAAUCGCAACUGGAGCUGGUCGACUGCGAGGACACUAUAUCGGAGCAGGAUUAUCGAAUGAUAUCAAGCCACUGCCUGCCGUCACGACUGGUGCCGUGUCUUUGCGUAGAGGGCGUGCGCCAACAUCAUCAAUCCCUGCGCGGCAUGACACCACCCGAGGCCAAGAAGGCCUUCCUGAACCUGAUUCAAUCGUGGCCGUUGCAUCGCGCGACAAUCUUUGACGUGAUGCAGUCGUUCACAUCCAACUGGCCGCGCGUGCUCUGGCUGGCCGUAGAUCAGAAAGGUCUCCACCUCCUGGAACAUCGUUCGAGAAACGCGCUCUGUACCUAUGAGUAUAACGGUAUCCUCAGUUACACCCCCGCCGUUAACUGCCUGAUGAUCAUCACCGGCACGGAUAAGAAGCAGAGCAAAGUCAUCCUCACAACGUCACAGGCUCAUCAGAUAGCGAAUCUGAUCCGCGAGUACAUGGAGGUGCUCCAGUCGCCGCCGGAGAUACCGAGGCGGGACUCAGCGAUGACCCAGCAGUUAGCCGCGCAGCAGCAGCAACAGCAACAACAGCAACAGCACCAGCAACCGCCCGCGAGCGUGCCGACGUCCGCAGCCGGCGGCCGGAAGACCCGACCCGCUUCGGUGCUACACAGAGGCGCCCCGGUGAUACAGUCACAGGCCAGUUAGAACGCCUAGGCGACUCCUCCGCGAAGGUCAAAGGUUCUCCUUCAACCUGGUACCUAAAUAUCGAAUUUCUCGUCGUCGUCGAGCGCCGCACGUUCCAUAAUAUAAAGUGCCAUAAAUCUGAGAUACGCACACAGCGCCACAUAAGCGGUUCUGUCUAUUUUAUCAAACAAAUACGCAGCUAAUAUAUAAAUAUAUAUAUAUAUAAUAUACAUAUAUAUAUAUACACACACAUACAUAUACUGUACACAGUAACUCUAAUCUCCAUAUCGUAUCGUUCCGUUGCCGCAGAGCGCUCCUUUUGCUCUUUUAACGAUACUCCGAGACCGAGAAAGCACGUAGACUGACGUUUAGAAGUUUCAGCCUGUGGCGACCGGAAGUAAACGGCUGGAGCGUUUCUUUCACAUCGCGCACGCAAUGCCAAACGUAACUGCCUGAUUCUCGAUCAAGUCCUCGCAUAUCAGGCGAUGUUGACGUCCGAGAGGACGUUAAUAUUCCCCUCUCCCUUCUCCUCUGAUCUCUUGAACGUCUUUUAGACAUCCCCUGAACGUCCGAACGUCUUCUGGAUUCACGUGUCCCUCGGGAGAACCGCGGAAUCAGGCAGGGACGGGGUGGCAACGGGAAGGAAGUAAUCGGAGAUUGCUUCUCUCGGCCGGGCCUAGCAAAGCGACGACGCACCGUUGCGCGAGGCAUCGCACUAGAGCCUAGGAACACUUAUUUCUUCCACUAUUUAUCGUAGAUCCUAGGUCUCGCGAGGAGACACGUUAAAGACUAGAAUCUUAGCCGCCGGCGCGAGUUGAGUGAUAAUUAACUGCCAUUAGAAGAGUUAUCGAGCGCAGGAGAAGAGUUACCGAGGACUUUUCUAUUUCAAUUGUGACCGUUAUCAUUGUUGCCUCUUUUACGAGCGACCGCCGCCGCCGCCGCCGCCGCCGCCGUCGCUACAUUUUUUGAUAACAAUUUUUGCAGCAACACGAGGACUAUGCUACUUACGGCGAUACUUAAUAUCCGUUUACUCCGUUUGUUCCGACCGACAGCGUUCUGUCCCACCGGCAUAUCAAUUAAUAUCGACCGCAGAGUGAUUAACAUUACUUAACAUUAACAGGGAAAUUUACCUUUACGAAGCGACCAAGAAACGCGACUAAUUCGCGCUGAUCGUCGAUGCUAAUUCCUACGCACAGUCGCACGUUUGCGAAUAAAGAAAAAGAGAGAUUUGCAGUGGCAGCCACGUGGAACUUCGUGGCGUGACCUACCGAUCCUGAGGAUAACGGAUUUGCGAUGGAGGGAUCUGAGGGUAGAUUGCUUUGCAAAAGUGACUCGCGUACCGCGACAAGAAAAUUGCCGCCGGGAGACCCUCGCGUUUGGAGAGACCGAACAAUGCGUUCGAGUGAAAUCUUCUCGGCUGCCACUGUCACUUUCGGCGACCGGAAAUCGCGCGACAACUGCCAGACGAUCGUUUUCUUAAAUCGAUUUAUCAAGCGUCUAUGAUAUACACGUAUUUAACGGUGUGAUAUCCUUUUGCGAAAACUAUACAAUUGUACUGUGUGUUGUCGCGAAAUAACUCGAAAACAUAUAGCUAUAUAUAUAUACACGUAUAUAUAUGUAUAACCAUUCGCGCGGAAACCGCACAAAAUCGAAAUCCAUACUCGGAGAGUUACUCGCUUCGCUAGCAAUUGAUAAUCACUUAAAAUGUAGCUUAAGAUUGAUACCGGAAAAGCGCGCGUGUAGGAGCUACUCGCGCGCGCGAUGCGCAUGAACGAAUCGACUAAUCCGUUCUUCAUUCUCUUCAGACAAUCCUCUCGAUAUCGUCGCUUUCUUCGUACUAAAGUUAACCGCUAAAUUAGAGAAAAACAGACACGAGUGAGAGAAGAGCAGUUAGAGACGUUAAGCAAGAGGUGUUACGAUACACGCCGCGAAAUUGCGUCCAAUUGAUGCUCCGGUUCUCCGAUCUGCGGGAUCUGCCCGCGAUUACGCGAACGUGCAUAAAACGUCCCGCAAUAAAAAUUCUUCGUGAAGUAACGAUAAGUUCCGCGUACUUCCGGUGUUCAGUGAUCUCUUCUUGGGACGCAUUUCUUCUCCGGUUUGUAACGCGAAAUCGGCGACCCCCACGCGAACCGAUUUACCGAUUUUCUACGAGAUUUUCGCCACGAUGAAACUUUCCGAACAUGUACCGUCUUUGUAUUACGAAUACAAAGCUUUCCUUUUUUCUCUUUUUUUUUUUUCGUGUAAGAGCUGAUUAAGGAAGAAGGACGAACGACGCUUCCGACUUGAUGUUUCACAUCGUUCUUUGACAAUUGAUAUAUUGACUGCACGUCUGUUAUAAAAUAAUGCGAAGUUCCUCGCGCGAAUAACCGCGUGAUUCAUUCAUUAUUUAUCAAAGAUAUUGAAAAUGUUGAGAAAAUAUGCGAAGUAUUGGAAAUGUGUCUCUAUCGCGGUGUUGUAGAAUGCGCAAGGUUCACGAGACGAAUGCUCGGUUCUGACGUGAGUUACAAUCAGCAGAACCGACCUUGAGACGCGGAGAUUCAUGUAGCCGAAAGUUUAAAAAAAUGUUGUGGAACUGUUGAGUUUUGUAAGAACGGUUCUCUUGAUCUCAGUGGAGUAUUAAAGGUAUCGUAGGCGAGAGGAGGCACGGGUUUCAUCGCGACGAGAAUGCGAGUGAACAUGGUUGUUCCGUUGGUUCUCGUUUACAGUUGAAGGUUCUCGGCGGAACCUCGACGUGUGCAGAGAUAGACUGUGAUCCGCUUUGGGAGUCUUUAGUCUUCGAGAGCCGUUUAAUCGAGUGAGACUACGUUUCGUGUUAUUAUGCAAGAGUGACGAUGCAAGAGUAGCAUAAUGUGUGUGUGUGUGUGUGUGCACGCGCGUGAGUGUGUUGAAGAGAAUAUUCAAGGGAAUUUAAAAGACCUAAGAAAUAUUUAGAAAAAAAGCGACCGAUAAGCGUAGGAUUUUAUUUUUUAGAUCAUUUAACAUAGACAAGCUUAAAAAUUUGAAUUUUGCGACACGUCUCGAUUGUUGUGGCUCUUUCUGGACGUUCUUUAAGGCACUCAUGCUGUCUGAGAAAUAAGUUCUAAGAGACGUCGACUUUGUCAACGUCUCUUCUACAAUAGAUACGUUGAAAUCUUUUGCGUUUGUGUGUGUGUAUGUGUUGCGUGUGGCUGUAUGUAUGCACGAGCGAGCGAAUGUAACAAAUGUGAUUAAUUAUAAGGGCGAUAUGCACGUGCAUGCACGUUACUUAAGUGAUGGCGUCUGCCAUACACGUAACUUUUAAGCGAAGUAUAAGUUAUUGGUUAACGUUAUAAAAAAUAUAUAUAUAUAUAUAUAUGAACGAAAUGGACGCUGUAUAUAUAAAUAUAUGAUAUAUAAUAUAUAUAAAUAGAUACGAGACUCGCAAACGCGCAUAUCGCGUUUCAGGCACGUUUCAGGCCGCACAACAGUGAGUGAAGAACCAGCGCGUGAUGGCAUUGCUCUGCAAGUGCAAGAGAGAUUCGCGCCUAUUUUAGGAUUAUAUAGAAAAUAUACAUACGUAUAUAUAUAUAUAAAUAAAUAUAUAUAUAUAUAUUUAUAUAUAUAUAAAUAAAUAUAUAUAUAUAUUUAUAUAUAUAUAUAAAUAAAUAUAUAUAUAUUUAUAUAUAUAUAUAUAUAUAUAUACACACGUACCACACGUUACGAUUAUAUACUCAAACACUUGUAUAAGGAUACAAUAAAAGGAAAGCGAAGCUUUAAUAUUGCAAGAGCACGAGUGAUGCUUUCUUCAUCCCUGUACUUCCUCGUGAAUCAGUUUACCGUUUUGUAGCAAUGUAAUUUGUCUGCAGUUCAACGCGUUUUUUCAAGGAUUUUUCAUUCUUAUUUCAAUCAAUAAAAAGAUUAACGUGCACAAACUUUGCGGUAACGCAGACGACUCCAGGAUCCCCUUAAUCAACACAAAUUAAGAGAAUAGGCGGACAGAAGAGCGAAAGAGGGGGUGGGAUAUAGGACGGAUGAGGAGAGGCGGAGUGAACGGAGACAAGAUUAUCUAAUUUUCUUCUUUUAUUUGUGAAUCUUUAGACAAUAAUCUGACAAGUAACAGUGUUUUCGCUCCCUUUUGGCGAUUGCUCAUGUGUUGCUUGUGCGACACGAGCCAGUUUAACUCGGGUGCCAGUUAUAUACUUCUUUUUAGUUUCUCUUUAUUACAAUAUAUAUGUGUAUAUAUAUAUCUAUGUAUGUACAUAUAUGCAACUCUCUGCUUUAUCUAAUCCUAUACAAUUUUUCGCGGCCACGGCACCGAGGAAGCCAAAUCGAGACAGCAAAGGCAGAGGCAAUCAUUUCAUGCACGGAUACGUCUUCUUUCUCGCGUUAAAUAAUCGCCCCGAUGAUGAUAAUGAUGAUGAUAACAACAACAGUAAUAAUAAUAAUACAAAAAAUUAUAAUAAUAACGCUAGUAAAAUUACAACAUUCGACGAGUAAGAAAAAUCGUAAUCGAUGACAAUAAUUAAUUAUGGCGAUAAUUAAGUAAUCAUCUACUUGGAUGUCGUCAAGGUGGACGCGGAUAAAUAUCUUAUUUGUUUAUUUCCGUUUUUCGCAUCACUCUCCUUGUCCUUCUCUCUUUCUUUGUUUUCUUUUCUCGUCCUUUUUUUACAAUUUUUAAGCGCGAUGUUCUCUCGUCGCGCUCUUCUCGUUUUAUCGCAAUCUCGUCGUUGCUUAUCGAGCUUAUCUUGUUCAUUCGUCUCUUCCGGUGUUCCCCGUCUACUUACACCUUCUCUCUCUCUCUCUACAUUCCUACUCGAGCUCGCCUACACAUACACAUAUAUCGUAUAAUAUAUUUAUAUGUUACACAUAUAAUACAUUUAUAUAUUACACAUAUAUCAUAUAAUAUUUCAUGCGAGAUAAACAAGCCGGUCCACUUUUACGUAGGUCCGCCUAUAUGCACAGAUAAGAAAUUUAUAUACAUAUUAUACAUAAUAUACGAUUAUAGGUACAAUGUGUGUGUAUAUUAUACGACGUAUCGGUCACAUUAGAAUUGAUACAUCAAUGAAAGAUCGCGCCGCACCGUUGCUUCUGUCGGAUUCAAUAAAAAUCGCCGUUUCCCGGUAAACUGUACCGCACAUUGCACAUGUGCGUGUCUGUCUGUCUCCUUCUGCGUGUGCGCGAGUGUCCCAUACGCGCACAAUGGAAGGACACGUUCGCUGACGUUCCUCUCUUUUAUUUCUUCUUCUUCUUCCUUUUGGCACUUGCGAUUUUUUAAGGCUCGCUGAGAUCCCUUGGGGAUACACAGAGAGAAGGACGGCGUGCGCAUUGACACGAACGUUUUUUUUUGUCUCUCUUCGCGAAUCAAAUGAAUCCUCGAGUACGCGGCGCAGGAUGAGUAGCUUCAAACGAGAGUCGCGUGGAAGAAACACAGGUACAUAUCUCGUGCGUCUCCCGGGGGUGUGGGGGGGGGAGUAUUAAUCUCUAUGGUAAUUAGCCUCGUUAGCUCGCUACGUUAGAAAAAAACACCAAAAGCGCUAGUACACGCGGCUCGCUCCUCGCGUUUCCCUUUUUCUUCUUCUUCUUCUUUCGCUUCUUUUCGACAGAAGCGAGUUCAUCGCGCUCGCGGGAUCGUCCGUCGAUCUACGAGACAGUGGAACGCACUCGCGGAUGCCCCGAUCGGAGGAUUGGAUGAUCAUUUUCUGGAUCGAUGAUGAUCUUCUUCUGGAUGCGCCCGUAAAAGCGAGAGCGCGACAGAUCGAUCGGCAAUCCGUGACGCCAGAGAUAAAUCGAACGUAUACGCAAGAAAUUCUUACAUUACGUAUGUACACGUGUAAACAGCGAUAUAGUAGCCGCAUAUCCCCUCCGAUGCAUCUUCGAAGAUGAGUAAACGCUAUUCCGGCGGUCGCUUCGUCUGCGGGCGAAUCUGUGCGUGUAACAGCAACUCGGUGGAAUUCAGAAGACGAAAAACUCAAAUAGCUACGAAGAAAAUGGAAAUUCUCUUGCCUUUUAGGAAUUGUCUUCACAACGUCUGAUGAAGGUCCUCCCUCUAGUCCCUGUACUUGCAACCCCCAGAGACACACACGGGGUGGCCCAGCUAUACCCCCAGGCAUUGGGUAUCCCAUUAAGUCGCCUCUUACGGCACGCUAUUCCAGUCACCACACGGAAGCCUCCAUCCGAUGUCUCUUCAGUAUUUUGUCCGAUUCUCGUUCAGAUAUCGCUGUCGGCGUUCUCAAAUUUUCGAUCAUUACGAAUGGCUGCUAUCUCGGAGAGAUACGGACUCCGGUGUCUCUCAUUUGCACUUUCUGUUUCUCCCCUCUCCUCUUCUGUUUCCGCUUAUUAUUAAAAGGAAUUACACGCUCGGCUUGACGUCAAACCGCGCGAGCAGAUGUACGAAGAAAUGCAAUUAUCGCAAUAUACAUUCGCGUACUUCAGCUGCGUUACGCAAUAUACAGACACAAAUAACUCAAUCUCUUCCUCCCUUUAAUUAUAAUAAACUUAAUCAUAAUUGAAUGUAGAAACGCAAAAUUAUGCAAGCACCGAAGAAGCAACUGUGAGAACAUCGAUGGAGAGAAUUCAAGUCUUACAAUAAAAAAUAAAAAUCGCAAAAUGUCGCAAUUACAAAAAUUGGGGAAUGGCGAGUUUUCCGAAAAUGAAUACAAAUAAAAAUACGUUUGCGCGUUGCAAAAAAAGCACAAUUGCAAGAAACAUAAAAAGUGCCGAUCACAGAUUCAUGGUAGAUAUUUUCAUAGCGUUUUACAUUUCCGGUGUGCGAACGUUCCCCGAUAUCGUACGAGUACACGUGUACGCGUGCACGUGUGCUUUUGCUAUAUGCGCCCGCGCACAAUAAUAGAUUCAACCUCUCAGAUUAUAAUAAUGGAUUCAAAAAUACGGGCGAAAUCAAUACCGUGUAGGCGACCGCUCGUGCAAAGAUUUCCAGUCCAUGUGCCGCGAAGCUAUCAAAUGCAACUUGCAGAUUUACGUUUGUAGGCGAUACUCUUGGUGACCUGACCUGACGUUUUAUAUGUUAUUACGUUAUUACAAUUACAAGUGCGUUCGAUUAUCAAACAGUGGAUACGAUAUAACAAGAUACGAUAUCAUUUCGACUUUCUAGCGGGCCGUUUCCUCCCGUUUCUUCCUUUGUACUUGUUUCCUUUUUCUUCCUUUGGCUUGUCUUCUUGCUUACUUCCUCGCUUCCUUCUUCUUCCUUUAGCCUAAUGCACUUUGUCCGGUGCUGCACGGUUGCGCACAGGCACAAGACGAUAUUAAAUACUAGAGUUGCUGCUGUUACGCGCGCUCUUCUCGUUUCUCAGACCGGGGAUAAAAUUCAAGAUAGACAUUCGGUUUCUCAGCGACGUUGGUCCCUGUUUUGUAUUUUUUUUUAUUAAUCUUAUUUUAUAACUCUUACACUCCCUCCUCUCUGUCCCCCGACUCGCUUCCCGAAAAACAAUGAUACUGAGAUCGUCGGGUCGAAAUCAAGCUUAGGUAUAUUAACGCAGAUCCGAAGAAUAGAGGUCACAACUUCAUGUACGCAUUAUACAUUACACGAUAUAACAUAUACAUAUAUGUAUCUUUUUUUAUAAAUUAUAUAUUCUAAAAUCUCUCUCUCUCUCUCUCUCUCUUUCUCUCUUUUCUUAUAAAUUAUAUAUCCCAGAAAGAGAGAUAGAGGAAAAGGUACUAUCGUCGAGAGUCACGAGACUCUGUUCGCUUAAUCUCUAUAUUGCAACAAUAUUUAGUUUUCUCUGUUUCUCGCCUUCUUGCUUUCUCAGUUAUUUAACUCAUUUCUCUCCUACGUCAUAACUUAUAUCAUCUCCUUUUUACUCAUGGACCAUUUAUACGUAUAUUAACUUACAGACUGUUAACAAACGUGUUAACAUCAAAUUCACGUGUUGUGUCUGGUCUCGAUUCUUCUCUCUCUCUCUCUUUCCCUCUCUCUUCCUUUUUAACGCUUUUGCUCACCUUUUCUCAUGCACGCUCAAUUUCUCCAACAAAUAUAUAAUAUAUAAUUUUUUUUCUAUCUCACUCUCCUCCCCUAAGUAGAAUAUAGACGCAGGUGAUUCCAGGCGACGUAGGAAAACAGCGAUGACCCGCGUAACAAUGAUUCUUUGUGCGUUAAACGAUUGACUAGCCAUUACAAAAAGAAAAGAAACCUCGAGAACUCGCGGAACUCGGAGAACUCGAAUGCGGAAUGGAACUAUCGUCAGAACUGCGUCGGUUGUACCAAACGGAAGUAAACAAUGUUCCCGAACGCCGAGAGCGAUGACGGUAGUUCCUCCGUUGAGAAAGUACAAAUCGGCUAUAAAAAAAGUUAUAAAAAGUCGAAAAAACCAUGUGGACAACGAAUGCCGCACAACAAAAAUCUUAGAAACGAGUUCGUCGAACCACUCUAUUAUAUAAUAAUAUAAUAUAAUAUAAUACGACGCAAAAUAAAACCGGUAAAUUUAGCGUAAAAAAUAAAGAUCUGUGUCCCGUAUGCGGUCGUUGAAUGCGUGCGCACGCGGGUGUUGCGAUUUCCGACGGUUCCUUCGGCGGAUAUGAGUGCGAUGCAGAUUGGUACGAGUCUAUGGCGAAUCUGUGCGUGUAACAGCUAUUGGCUAAUGGACUAUGUGAUAAAUGCACUUUCCGUUUCCAAUUUUCUAUAACUGAAUGAGAAUGAAGCCCUUUCCCUCGCUGCCCGCAUCACAACACGCCAGACAGACGUAACUCCUGUCCUCCGAGUUAUUAUUAGAUGAGGGGAAGAGCAAAAAGAGGGAAAAUAGUAUUGAAAAAAUGGGAGGAAAAAAAGGCGUUUAUGAAGGCAAGAAGGUGGAAAAUGAAGGAGGUAAAAAGAUUAGGUGAGGCAGUUAGGAGAAAGGAUUUAUGGAGAAAAAAAGCAGAUACAGAGAGAGGAGAAG